CAGAGCUCAGAGCGCCAGGCCCCAGCUCUGGGAGUCCUGGCCUGGCCCCUCCGAGGACCCCAAAGCCAGAGAGGGCCAGGGCUCGGCCCACAGUCACACAGCGGCAGCUACCCCAUAUCUCUGGGGACAAGGCCUGCUGCCCAGCAGAGCUUAACGGGAUGACCGGAAGGGCCUGGCUCUUGGGGAUGGUGAAGUAAAGGCCAAGGACCUUUAUUUUUUCUCCUCACCGAGCUGUCCCGGGAUAGAGGAGAGGUCUGCUAGUCCCAUGACUGGAAGUCAGCCUCCCUUAGAGCCCCCUCCCAUGCAGGCCCCGCCCACUGCCCUUACCCACAGCCUCACGCACUCACUGGCAGGGCUUUUGAAAGGUGAUGGGAGCCAGGCAUGGUGAUGUGUGCCUGCGAUCCCAGCACUUGUGAGGCUGAGGCUGGAGGAUCACUGUGCGUUCAAGUCCACCCUAGGCUUCAUAGCGAGUUCAAGGCCAGCCUGGACUACUUAGACCCUGUCACAAACAAACAAACAAACAAACAAAAAAAGGUAAUGGAGUCAUGGGCCCUUAUAAACACGCCCUCAGGAGGUGGGUGGGGCCUGUGGGAAGGGGCAGUCCCUGGGCGUGGCCUGGAAAGGCUCCGCCCCUCGCUUGCUGCUUCCUGGUCGCCACUAGUUGAGCAGCUGUCCUCCCUCUGCCCGCCCCUCCACACGAAACCUUUAAAACGGACAGUCUUCGUCGUGCAGUGGGACCACACCUACCUCCAGGGCCGCGAGGACAGAGGCAGUUUCACGUUCCAGGUGGCCCUGCACCGCAGCGGCCGCAUUGUUUUCUGCUACAAAGAGAUCCCCAUGUCCGUCCGGGAGAUCAGCUCCGCCCAGCACCCCGUGAAAGCAGGCCUGUCCGAUGCCUUCAUGGUCCUCAAUCCGGCCCCAGAUGUUCCAGAGUCCCGGCGCAGGACCAUCUUUGAGUACCACCGCGUGGAGCUGGACACCAGCAGGAUCGCCAGCGCAUCUGCCGUGGAGUUCAUGCCGCUGCCCAUGUCUGCCUCCCCACGGGACCCAAAACGGCAGGGAGCCAACACCAGCUCAGGGCCUGACCCUCUGGUGCCAGCCUGCCUGCAGCUCCGGAGCUGCGACACCUGUGUCUCCUCCGACCUGACCUUCAACUGCACCUGGUGCCACGUCCUGCAGAGGUGCUCCAGUGGCUUCGACCGCUACCGCCAGGAAUGGCUGGCCUAUGGCUGCGCCCAGGAGGCGGAGGGCAGGACGUGUGAGGACUUCCAGGAGGAGGACCCGUACUCUGCCUCCCCCAACAGCUCCAGAAGUGCCCUGGACGGGGACAUCACAGUCACCACCACCGCCUCCUCCCUCGUGGUUGACAGCUUCACCAUGGAAGAUGACACCAAGCUGAACUCCUCUGCAGGAGGAGACGGUGAGCACAGGGCUCCUGCGCCUCCUCAUCAGACCCCCCUGCACCUCUGGGGAUACGGGGGACACAGCUGCCUGCCUGUCCUGAGCCUCCUGCUGGAUGAGCAGUGGGUGACCCUGGGCCUCCAGGCCUUCAGCACAACCUGUCCCCGGACUCCCAGGGCCGCCCCGUGCACCUGGGCACCAUCGUGGGCAUCGUGCUGGCCAUCCUGCUGGUGGCGGCAGCCAUCCUGGGCGGGAUUUAUAUCAGCGGGCACGCCAACUCCAGCGCUGCGCUCUUCCUCAUGGAGCGGAGACCCCACCGCUGGCCAGCCGUGAAGUUCCGCAACCACCCCAACCACGCCAGCUACACCGAGGUGGAGCCCUCAGACCGUGAGAAGGAGGGCUUCGUGGAGGCUGAGCAGUGCUGAGGGCCUGGCGUGAAGCCUGGGACGGCAAAGAGGGAGAGAAGCGACUUUUCCCAGCUUCCUUCGAGCUCCGCUGUGGCCAGGAGAAAGGGACAAGGAACGUGGCUUCGAUGCUGGAGCUAUAGCUGAGUCCACAGUCCCCACUAAGGAGGGGCAGAAAGCAGCCUGAUCUCCCUCCCAUUGGCCUUUCCUGGACCUCCCACCCAGAGCCCUCUAACUAAAGCCUGGGCUGGGGGUCCCCAGGCCCACAGACUCCAAAGCUGGUCCUCUGAAGCCCGCUGGCCUUGUCGCUCCCUUCCAGGGGACGUGCUGGUGCCUGGCACCUCCUGAGGCAGACUUUUCCUCCUCUGAAGACAAAUGGGGGGGCUCCAUGACACCCCCACCCCACUCGCUGGGGACAUCAGGGACCGAGGCAGCGGGGACUUUCUCUGCCAAACCUUGACCUGGAAAGCUACUGCAGGCAGUGCUGUGGGCUGGGAGCCUGGGAGUUUUCCGGGAGUCCUGUCCCAGGGAGGAGCCAGGCUGCCUCUGAAGCGCAGUGGAAUGAAAAUGGAGAGCUUGGGCUCAUUCGGGUGAAAAGUGUCAGCCUCAAAGAAACACUGAGUCAGUCUCCACGCAGUCUCGGGCCCGUGGACGUCACGGAGUCUGCGGUGAGGCCCCUGGUGACCGACACACCGUCAGACACACGCUGGGCCCUGCGGUCUUCCACACCACAGGAGACAGAGCUGGGCCGGGGGCCUGUUCAGAAUUUGCACAAGACGGAAAGGUGUGUAUUGGUUCUCACGCAAGGGACCCGCGCUGUCAUCCCAGCACUGAGUGAGGCUGAGGCAGGAAGAUGGCAAGUUCUAAUCCCACCAGGGAAAUUUAGUGAGAUCUUAUCUCAAAACAUUUUGAAAGGGGGAGCUGGGAAUGUCACUCGGUGGUCGAGUGCCCUAGGUUUGAGCACCAGGACUGAACACCGUGUGACCUAGCCCCCAGAUGUCCCAGCUUUGUGCUCUCACGCCCGCCCAGCACAGCACCUGUGGGCACUGUGUGUCUACUUGGCCAGGGCAGAAGUUCCUCCCGAACUCCAGCCCGCUUCUCCCCAGUUAGGCUGGCCGACCUUCAGGAUUCCGGGAGAAAGGGGCAGGGAUGCCAGGAGGCCUCUGCCAACCAGCACAGGUAGAGAAAAACUGGGAGCCGGGUGUGGUGGUGUGUACCUGUAAUCCCAGUAUUUGGGAGGCUGAGGCAGAAAGAUCUCUGAGAGUUUGAGGCCAGCCUGGGCUAUAUAUAUAGCAAGACCCUGACCCAGAAAAACCAAUAAAAGGGGGGAAAAAAAGAAAAGAAAGUUUGAGAUGUGCUGGGCCUGGUCCGGGCAAGCCUCGUUGAUCGCCAGAACAUUGUGGCCACCCCGGGAGUGGAACUGUUCAGCAGCAGGCAACCUGUUUAUUUACAGCAUAAAGAAGUAAAUCUGUGAGGGGGCCAGGGAUUUAGCUCAGUGGUUCCGGCGCCUGGCUUGCAAGCGCAAGGUCCCAAGUUUGAUCCCCGGUACCAAAAAAAAAAAAAAAAAGUAAAUCUGUGUCACCAAAAGGCUUCUGGACACCACCGGCCUGGGUUUUUCCAGGCAGAGGGCCCCCCCAAGGGCAGUGCCUGCUGUUUGCUCGGGUCGGGUGUGGAGGUCCUGGAGGGCAGCCUCGUGCGUGUCUAAUCCACUCUCUAGAGAAAUUAAAUAAAUGAGCACAGGCCCAUGCCGUCA